CCAACCGGCCAACCCACCGACGCGGCAGGCAGCGAGUCAGUGUGCGUGCGGCUGUGCGGGGGGAGUGCGAGUGCCCAUCCGCCCACUCCACUCCACUCCACUCCCCUCUCCCGCACUUCCAUCCCCAACCCCGCCCCCGCCGCGGCGCCACCUUCCCCCUCUCCUCUUCUCUCUCUCUCUCUCUCAUAUGGUCUCCCGCGGCGCGCCCCGCUACUGUCCAUCCUAGCGCGGAGCCGCAGCUUCCCCACACGUCCAUGGCCGCCGCCGCCGCCGCCCCCCGGUUCUUGCCCGUCCGCCCGCUCUUUCUCCUCCUCCUCCUCCUCGUCCUGGCCGGCGUCGCAAGCGGCAAGACGGUCAAGAGGGACGUGAAAGCAUUGAAUGAGAUCAAAUCUUCGUUAGGAUGGAGAGUUGUCUACUCAUGGGUUGGUGAUGACCCUUGCGGGCAUGGUGAUCUGCCCCCCUGGUCUGGUGUGACCUGUUCUCAGCAAGGAGAUUACAGAGUUGUCACCGAACUUGAAGUCUAUGCUGUAUCAAUAGUCGGUCCUUUCCCUACAGCAGUUACAAACCUUUUGGAUUUAAAAAGAUUGGAUCUACACAAUAACAAGUUGACAGGGCCCAUUCCCCCACAGAUUGGACGGCUGAAACACCUCAGGAUAUUGAACCUGAGGUGGAACAAGCUUCAGGAUGUGCUCCCACCUGAAAUUGGUGAACUGAAGAAACUGACACAUUUAUAUUUGAGCUUCAAUAACUUCAAAGGUGAAAUUCCUGUGGAGCUUGCAAACCUACCAGAACUGCGCUAUCUGUAUCUUCAUGAGAACCGCUUUACUGGGAGGAUCCCUCCUGAACUUGGAACUCUCAAGAACCUUCGUCACCUGGAUGUUGGUAACAACCACUUGAUAGGCACCCUCAGGGAUUUAAUUGGCAAUGGGAAUGGUUUCCCCUCCCUCAGAAAUCUGUAUCUUAACAAUAAUGAUUUGACUGGCGUUCUGCCAGACCAGAUUGCAAAUUUGACAAACCUCGAGAUACUGCACUUGUCUAAUAAUAGGCUGAUUGGAUCGAUAUCACCAAAGCUAGUUCAUAUUCCAAGAUUGACCUAUUUAUACUUGGACAAUAACAACUUCAUUGGGAGGAUUCCUGAAGGAUUAUACAAACAUCCAUUUUUGAAGGAGCUGUACAUUGAAGGAAACCAAUUUAGACCAGGAAGCAAAUCAAAAGGAACGCACAAGGUGCUUGAAUUACCUGAUGCUGACAUCUUAGUUUAACAACUGUUUAUUCUGUGACGAUAGCAGAGCGGCUACCGUUCUACAUCUCCUCAGCAUGCACCAACAAAAAUGUAUGCAUGUUUUUAGGAUAUAUACGAUAUAUGUAUCAGUAGUACAGACACUGUUUCUCACAGCACUGUUCGAGGACAAGUUCACACACACAAAAGGCCACUUGCAAACCAGAAAAAGAAAAAAAAAUUGUAAAGUCCAGAGCACUGCUGCUAUCCUGUCAUCCAAGAGUAUGUUUUCAUUAGAUGAGUGUACAGGUUGUAUUGCAUUUCUUGUAACUUAGUACUACUGUGUAAUGGAGAUGCAGUUCAGCUGUAUUGCCAGCACAUUUGCAUGGCACCGACAGUCCUGGUGUAAUGUAACCAGUGUGCUCAAUGAUAUUUUUUCUUAUACCACUGGA